GCGUACCGUCCUUUCCCGGCGGGCCCCGCGCGGCUGCUUCCGGAAGUAGACUUCACCCCCUCGGAGGCGAGACGUUUGUUCUCACGCUCACGAGCUGGGGACUGUACCCCUACGAGCUAGGACACUCGAAAGGUAGCGGGGAGGACCUGGAUCCGCAAUGGCCGAGAGCCAGGACAUAUUUGACGCCAUCGUGAUGGCGGAUGAGAGGUUCCAUGGGGAAGGUUACCAGGAAGGCUAUGAAGAAGGCAGUAGUUUGGGUAUAAUUGAAGGAAGACAAUAUGGUACCUUACAUGGAGCCAAAAUUGGAUCUGAGAUCGGGUGCUAUCAAGGUUUUGCUCUCGUGUGGAAGUGCCUGCUGCAUAGUUGUGCCAGUGAGAAAGACAGCAGGAAGAUGAAGGUCUUGGAGUCACUGAUUGGAAUGAUUCAGAGGUUCCCCUAUGAUGACCCUACUUACGACAAGCUCCACGAAGACUUAGACAGAAUUAGAGGAAAGUUUAGACAGUUUUGUUCGUUACUCAAUGUUCAGCCGGACUUUAAAAUUAGUGCGGAAGGUCCUGGACUUUCAUUCUGAGGAUGACAGAUGAACAAAGACGAAACAUUAAGGAACAGAUGUCUGCAUAUUAAGUGUUCAAAAAUGUCAUUAAAGGCAAAACAAUGACAGGGUAUUCAUUGUUCCGGAGGGAGGGUCCCGUUUGGCCUCCUUCCCCGAGGUUUUCUGCCUGGGUUGCUCCAGUGCGCUGGGCCCUGUCUGCUGUGCUGUCUGAGGGAGCCUGCAGAUCCCUCGAGAGGCUGCCCACUGCUUGCAGUUCUAGAGUUGGCAGCUUCACGGAUGCUUUAGCCAAGCAGGCCAGUUAGGUGCUGCCCUGGGUAGGACUGACCCAGGCCUGGGCACACAAAAGUUGUUUUUGUUGUUGUUUAAUAGGGUUGAGCCAGGUGUGGACCUGCAGUCUCAGCACGGGGGAGGCAGAAGCAAGAGGAUUGCUGUGAGCUCGGGGCCAGCCUGAACUACACAGUGAGACCCUGUCUUAAGAAAAAGAAAAAAGAGUGUUCAGUGGAUAUAGUGAUGCACACCUGUGAUCCUAGCAUUCUUCAGGGGGGAGGCAGGAGGAUUGGAAAUUUGCCUGGACAAUUUAGCAACUUAGCAAAAAUUCAAGAAGGCUUAGAGAGGAAGAUAGCUCAGUGCAAAGGCCCCAUGUUCAGUCCCAAGUAGCGCAGGGGAGAAGAGACAGGGUUGAUGUGAAGUAGGUCAGUGGGAAGACUUGACUGGUACUUUGACAUUUGUUGAGCCUUCUGUGCACCAUGUAGAACGUCAGUCCUUCCUAGGUUUUGUUCAUUGCUUUGGUGGCCCAGGUGGUAGAUGGUUUUCCCUUUAGAGAUGAGCAGACAGACUGGACAGGGAUUGCAUGGUCUGAGAGCCCAGCAACCGAGCAAGGGCUUCCACAGCACCACAGAGCACCAGGAACUCUGCCUUCAGCACUGCUGCUGCAGGUGGCACAGGGCCUACUGCCCCUGCGGAGCUCUGGGGCUUCCUGGGCCCCCUUUGCCUGGACAUCUGAGGGAGAGGAAGAGAUGCCAGUGCCAGCCCAGAGGAGCCUGAUAUGCCCUUCCCACCAUCCCCAGAGGCGGGAUGAACUUGGCAGCAUUAGGAGUGCUGGGCCAGAGGGCCUUGGCUGUUUCCCUCACGGGAGUUUUAUAUUUUCUAAGUUACCUGUUUUCAUAAUGUAUUGUUUCUCUUAAUUGGAAAAAUAAAUAAAUGGCAUAUAUUGUCUGGCACCA